UCAGUCAUCUGUCGGUUGUUGGCUGUGUGGGUAGGCCUUUAACAUCGCCGACUCUUUGUGCCAGGCCAAUCACGAAGGAGACGAUUUAUCAGUCGUGCAUUAGGAACUCUACUGUCACUUCACUGUCAUGUCUGAUCGCGCAAAAUCCAACGAUUUUGCGCUGUCACUCUUCUUAUAUUCUGCAUAUAUUAAUUUAGAAAAUUCGUAAAGAGAAUCGAGAAAUUCUUUCGCGUAAAAACGUGUUAUCUUAUCCACGCGGGUGAAGUUUAAACUCGCCGCUACUGCGAACAUCGUUCGUCGACAGGUUGGCAGGACUGUUCGGAAAAUUCGGAGAGUGAACAGGUGUUUUUUGAAUGGAUUAGAGCGAAUAUAGGCGACGAGAGGACGGGUGUCUCGUGGACGGUGAAUGAUCGUCGGGAUUUGCCGGCCGUUUCGGAUGAUCGAUAGCUCGGAGGAUGCAUGCGGGUACGCGGUUGUUCUUGGCGUCCGGGCGAAAAUGAGGAGGUUGGUGCUCCGGGAGUCGUGACUUUUUUUUCCCGUCCGCCGGAUAAAUGUGUGUGCCUGGUAACCUCUCAUCUGUGCCGCCUGAAAACGUAGAAAAGCGGUAUAAAAGUGUCUUUCUUGGCGCCUAGAAGAUGAAGAUAUAACAGCGUCAACGGCGGCAGCUUUGUUAUCCCGUUCGCACCUAAGGCCCAGACUUAUAAAUAUGCCACAUCAGUUUGGAUUGCCAACAAUGGCGCAUAGUAUGCAGUCACCGCCUUCACCGACCUCGGUCAUGUCCGUUUAUCCUCGAUUCGGCUCUGGCAUCUACAGGCCCGAUCAACAGGACCAGCGAUUGACCCGCGAGGCAAUGGAACGUUACUUGCGCGACCGUAGCGACAUGAUGAUCGUUAUCUUACACGCUAAGGUUGCGCAAAAGUCGUAUGGUAACGAGAAGCGGUUUUUCUGCCCUCCGCCAUGCAUCUAUCUCUUCGGCGAUGGCUGGAGGAUGCGUCAGGAGCAAAUGCUGCGCGAAGGCGAGAGCGAACAGAAUGCUCAGCUGUGCGCUUUCAUUGGCAUCGGUAAUUCGGAUCAGGAUAUGCAGCAAUUGGAUCUGAAUAAUGGCAAACAGUAUUGUGCGGCGAAGACUCUCUAUAUCUCCGAUUCGGACAAGCGCAAGCAUUUUAUGCUCUCCGUCAAGAUGUUCUAUGGCAGCGGUCAUGACAUCGGUGUGUUUCUCAGCAAGCGCAUCAAGGUGAUCUCGAAGCCGUCCAAGAAGAAGCAGUCCUUGAAGAACGCAGACCUGUGUAUCGCUAGUGGCACAAAGGUGGCGCUUUUCAAUCGAUUGCGCUCGCAAACGGUCAGCACGCGUUAUCUUCACGUGGAGAAUGGUAACUUCCACGCGAGCUCGACACAGUGGGGCGCGUUCACCAUUCAUCUUCUGGACGACAAUGAGAGUGAAUCAGAGGAAUUUCAAGUGCGCGACGGUUAUGUGCACUAUGGCAGCACUGUAAAAUUGGUAUGCUCCGUGACGGGAAUGGCACUGCCGCGAUUGGUAAUCCGCAAGGUAGACAAACAGAUGGCCAGUUUGGAGGCCGACGAUCCUGUCUCCCAGUUACAUAAAUGCGCCUUUUACAUGAAAGACACGGAUCAUAUGUACUUGUGCCUAUCGCAAGAGCGUAUAAUACAAUUCCAGGCUACACCUUGCCCGAAAGAAGCAAACAAAGAAAUGAUCAAUGAUGGUGCCUGCUGGACGAUUAUCAGCACGGACAAGGCGGAAUAUCAAUUCUUCGAAGGCAUGGGUCCAGUACGAUCGCCGGUGACACCCGUACCGCUGGUCCAUAGUCUGCAUCUGAACGGUGGCGGUGACGUGGCGAUGCUUGAGCUCACUGGCGACAACUUUACGCCGAAUCUGCAAGUCUGGUUCGGCGAUGUUGAGGCCGAGACUAUGUACAGAUGUCAGGAGAGCAUGCUUUGUGUCGUGCCUGACAUUUCCUUGUUUCGCGGCGAGUGGCUGUGGGUGCGCCAGCCGACGCAGGUGCCAGUUUCCCUGGUUCGCAAUGACGGCAUCAUCUACGCUACUGGUUUGACCUUCACAUACACGCCCGAACCAGGGCCGCGUCCACACUGUCCACCGGCCGAUGAAAUCAUGCGAGCGCCACGUACCAUGCACAAUCAAGCUAAUAUACCAUCCGCCGCGAUGCCUACCGACGUACCCUGGAAUACCCACGGACAGCCGCCGCAGUCGGGUCUCUGAUAUCUUCUAGAUAAUCGUCACAAUGCGAACCAAAGUCUACGAUGUAGUAAUGAUAUGGGUGGUGCGACACCAAUUGUAGUGUCUCCCGAUGACGAUGAUGAGGAUGACAACGAUGAUGGAAACGAGAGUGGCGGUGAUGAGUGCUCAUAUCUGGCGAAAGAUUUGUUACUCGAAAUCGAUAAUAGCGUAACGCAACAUGACGCAAACUUAGACAAUACGAAGACGUAGCGUUUCGCUCAAUCCACUCUACGUGUGGGACAUCCGCCUCCGUGCGCUAAAACUGUCUUAGACUAAACUCUCGUAAUUUGUUAACAAAAAUUUACAGAGAUAAUAAUUUAUAUAGUAGUUUUUGAUUUAACGGUUUAUGCGAGAAUGUAUAGACAGAGUAUAUGGAAUCUGAUGAUAAAAUUUUCAAGAGUGAAGUGAAUGGAAUUAUAUAAGAUUUGAUUCAAAAUUUUUGUCGAUGCAUCCGAAACACUUCUCUUGGAACUUUAUUGUCUCGUCUAGCAUUUUAUGAAGAAUUAAAAAAGAAAAACUAUUAAACAAGCAUAGUUAGUAACGAAUGUAAUACACAAUCUUAGUCUAUACAUUUGCAUAUUGGUCACCGAACGGUUGUGCUUUUAACACUAUAUUUGUUACGAGAGGAGCUAUUACGCUCGGAAAUCGGUAUAGCAAGCUUUGUAAUUACAAAGGCAUUCUUUGCUCUCUUUAUAGGGCGUCCAUUAAAGUUCGGGACCAAAUUUAUACAAUAAUAAUGGGAUCGAAUAGGUAAAAAGAGUUCAUAUAAAUCUAUGUUCGGAAAGCUUUAUUAAAGAACAAUUUAAAAAAUUAAGGUAGUUGUCUACCAAAUCGCAAUUAACAAGAAAAAUUAAAAAAUUAAUUAUACAUUUAUUAACCAUACAUUUAUUAAUAAAUGUAGUGUACACAUUGAAAGCUAUUGAUUUUCCCGAACGCGAGAUAAUCAUUAUCAAAAAUUGCACUUUUUAUUCGUACGCAAAACGUACGAAAAUCUCAUAUUUUGAAUUUUAUUAAUUAGAAAAAAUAAUAAGAAAAUAAUGAAAAACUAAUACAAAGUAGAAAGACACUUUAAGAAUCCUUAAAAAAAAUCGAAAUUAUUGACUGUUUAGUUUUAGAAAUACAAUAAUAAAAAGACCUCACGGUAUCAUUUCAUCCUUAUUAUUUAUCGAAAGUUAAAUAACCGAUAGUAGGAUAUUUUAAAGUUAAUUUCAAGUGUCAAAAUUUUAGAUUGUACUGUCAAGAGAUACCUUAAGAUUCUCAAGUGAAAAUCACAAAUUUUAAAUAAUCGCAGAUUAGUAAGAGUUAGGACGCAGAUGAUGGUGCGUCAGAUUCAUAGAAAAACAAGUUUUUUUUAUUAAAGAAUUAUAAGCUUUUAAAGAUAAACGAGCAAAAUUGUUCUUAUAACUUUUUUAGAGUCUUAAGUUAUAUUAAACGAAAUCGUUGAUUCAGAAAUAGAUAAUUUAUUCAGUUAUUUUUACAUGUCUUGACCUAUACGAUCUCUAGACUUCGCACUAUACAGGUCUUUACUUCUGUUAGACUUUAAUUUGUUUAAUGACAUAAUUUUGAUGUUUGAAUUGUGAUUUCAUUUUUGCGAUUACAAUAAAUAAUUACGCUCUUUCUGCGAAUUAUGCGAUAUUUAUUCAUAUAAUAUUGUAUAUCGGCGAUUAAGUCUAACAAGUACAACAAUUUUACUCGUUUAUUUUUUGAACGCUUAUAACUCUUUAAGAAAAUAUUUUCGCGGACAUAAGUUUAUAUGAACUUUUGUUUCACCCACUCGACUCCAUUAAGAGGCCAUACCCGUUUGAAAUCUCGAAAAAUAAAUACAUUUUCCAGAAUUUUUUGCAGUGCAACGACUUGAUAAAAAUUUUUUUAUUUUUUUACAAUAUGAAUACAAUUUUUAUUAAUUACUGAAAUAAAAAUUUUCAGCUUAAACAAAUUUUUUUUUUUUAAGUUUAUAUUCAUGUUUCGAAAGUUCAAACUGAUAUGUUCCUUUAACAUGUUGAUAAAUGUAAUCCUGAUCAUUACGGAUGCUCCGUGCACAUCAUCGCUAGAUCAUAAAGCAAAUUCUAAUUUAUUGGGAUCGCCAAUAUUGGCGAUUUGUUAUUCCACCACAAAUGGAAAUGACUUCGUGAAGAAGGAAAAAUAUAUGGGAAGAAAAUAGAAAAAAAAAGAACUAUACGGACGUCUGAGCGUUGCCUCGUGUGAAUGGUCUAUCAUGUACAAAGUAGGAUAAAGAAAGAGGUACGCAGGGUAUUUUUGAACCUACGUUCCUGACAUGCUCGACAUUUGGUACAUUUGUAAAUUCGUGCGCGCAUACGCAGUGUCAAUAAACUUCUCAUUAUUAUUUAUUAAAAAAUGCAUAUACUCUUUUUAGCGAGUGAAUGUGUGUAUCACGUCAAUUGGUGCUGAUUGUAAAAACGGCUAGAGAUUGAUUGAUCAAGUCAGUAGAAUUUGCCUGAAUUUUUUAUUUUUAUUUUUUUUUAUAUCUCGGAGAAACAAUCGUCCAAUUUUAAAAAUGACACAUAGAUUUUCUCCUGAUAUAGCAUGCGUACGUGUUAUUUUAUGUACAUAGUAUUUCAAAUGUAUACGUACAGCAUUUAUUGUGAUUACGGAUCCCGGUGUAAUAAUUACGUUAAACAUAUACCUUCAAGGUAUUCGCGUGAAAUUAAUUUUUGAUUAAUCAUUCUCUUGUAAUUCUCAUAAAGUAUAAAAAUCGAAUCUAUUAUAUGUUUUUACUUUUUUUAUUUUUAUUAAAGAAAAAUGGAGAUAUAUAUGGACACACAAUGCCGUGAUGUCUAAACAAGAUAUUUUUAAAUUAUAGAAAGCUAUUUAUAAAUUAUAUAUUUAAUUCUAUCAUCAGGAUGUCUACUUCCUGAAAAACCUGGAAUUCUCAGGGAUUUCUAUUUGGAGAAAUUAAAGAGUUCUGAUGAAAUUUUAUUGGGACUCAGGGAAUUUUUUUUUAAAUUCUUCUUGAUAAUGCUUUAUAUUGUAAGCAAUCUACAAUUCGCCGAUAAACCAAGUUACGAAUAUAUAAAUUAUAAAUAUAUAUCUAUCUCUUUGUUUAUAUAUUAGACAUCUUAACAAAAUCUUGCAUAGUAAAUAUUUUUUUUAUUGUAACUUUUAGUGAUAAAGGAAUGAAGAUGUUAUAUAAAUGAAAAAUAUUUAUUUUACGAAAGCCACUCAGUUUUUUUAGUAGUUUUGCAAAUCUAAUAUUUGAAACUUAAAUGGCUCUGUAUUUUUUUUUCGUGUGACUAAAAACCAUUAGAAAACAAAAUUAUACAAUAAAAAAUCUUAUUUAGAAAGUUGCAUCGAAAAAUCUUUAUCUUCUUUACCUGAAAUUUUGAACAAGAAUACUUGGAAGAACAGAAAAUUUUCAGGAAAUUUUUUCAGAAGAUUUGAGUAGACACCCUGAUCAUACACUUAGGAGGACUUAUGUGCUAUGAUACUUGAGUUUUUUCAGAUGGAGAAUUUUCUGUAUUAUAAUCUGUGUAGAACAUUUUUUUUUCAGUACUUCUUUGAUUUGAAAAAAAUGUAUUGAAAAUUACAUUUAUAUGCUUUAUUGUAAUUAUAUAUUAUAAUUAUAAUAAGUACAAUGAAGAUAUAAAAAUAUGAAUUUUUAUCUUCUAUAUAAUUUAGAAUAA